AUGGAUAAGUCAUCGAUGCAAGCAAAUAGAAGGUCUAAUGAAUAUAGAUCUGGGGUGGAAGCGUUUAUUGAGUUUGCCUUGGUAAAUGCUAGGGACCCGUACCACUUUUGUUGUCCUUGCACAAAGUGUGAGAAUGACAAGGACUUUUCUGCCCAAGUGAUUAAGACUCAUUUGUUUUUGAAUGGGAUUAACUUAGACUACGACAUAUGGGAUGAACAUGGGGAGGCUGUAGUUAAUUCGGAAUCAGAUUCAGAUAGGUAUAGUAAUGAGAUAGAUGAAGAUAGUGAGACAGAUUCAAGUGGUUCAUCUAUUGUUGGGGGUCACAUGGAGGCAGAAUGUGAUGUGCAAUCAGAUAGUGAUGGGGAGGAAUAUCUUUCCGGUGAGUAUACUGGUUUUAGGCAGUUUGUUGACGACAAACCCUUGUAUCCUGGUUGCACUACGCACACGAGGAUGGCUGUCAUUGUGAAGCUUUACAACAUCAAAACGAAGCAUAGUAUGAGUGAGUCUGCUUACUCAGAUGUGCUGGCUACCAUUGCCGAGUUUCUUCCCACAGGAAACUCAAUACCGGACACUCUUUCCGAGGCAAACAAGGUUUUGACCGCAUUGGGGAUGGACUACACUAAAAUAGAUGCAUGCCCUAAUGACUGUAUUCUGUACAGAAAAAACUAUGAAGAAGAAACCAAGUGUCCUAGAUGUACAAAAUCUAGGUGGAAAUUAGAUAGUAAUGACAAAGAGAGAGAAGGAGUACCUGCAAAAACCUUAUGGUAUUUUCCUAUUAUCCCUAGGUUCAAGAGAAUGUUUCAAUCACCUGAAACAUCAAAGAGCCUAACUUGGCAUGCCACAACCAGGAAAAAGGAUGGUUUUCUUCGCCAUCCAGCAAAUUCCAUUUCUUGGAAGUUUGUGGAUGAAAAGUGGCCUGCUUUUGGGGAUGAACCACGAAACCUACAACUUGCAUUGUCAUCGGAUGGUUUCAAUCCUCAUAGUGUCCAAAGCAACAAUUACAGCUGUUGGCCCGUUAUUCUGGUUACCUACAAUCUACCGCCAUGGCUGGUAAUGAAGAGGAAGCACAUGAUGCCUUCCUUGUUGAUAUCAGGGCCUAAACAACCGGGGAAUGACAUAGAUGUGUAUCUUGAACCGUUGAUAGAUGACCUGAAGCUAUUAUGGGCAGGAGUUAGUGGGGUUUAUGAUGCAGUGAAGAAUGAAAUCUUUACUCUUAGGGCUAUACUUUUCUGGAUAAUAAAUGAUUUUCCGGCGUACGGUAACCUUUCGGGGAGUAUUGUUAAAGGUUAUCAUGGCUGUCCGAUUUGCCUUGAUCAAACAGAGCCCACAAGGCUAAAAACCGGAAGGAAGAUGUCCCACAACAAUAAUAAGAGGUUCUUAGAGAAGUAUCAUCCAUAUCGAAAAUUGAAAGCUGCCUUCAAUAACCGCACCAAAGAUAAGACUGCUCCGGUGCCCUUGACAGGAGAGGAACUUUUGAGUAGGCUGGAGCAAGAAGUUGCUAAAUUGCCUUUGGGCAAGAAAGAUAAAACUCCUAAGUAUAAGGGGGGUGAGGAUGAGAGAAGGCCUUGUUGGAAGAAAAAGUCCAUAUUCUUUGAGCUUGAUUAUUAG